UAUUUAAGUAUUCGGAGCGCACAUACCGCGCAACUCCUUAUGUGGGGGACGUCGCGUUCGCCCCACGUGUGUCCUCGCGUUGUCUCCCUUACUGCCAAGCCAGGUACUACCUCACCUCACCACUCCACCACACCCAUGAGCAAUCACCACCAGGCUUAUCAACGGACGCCUCGUGGCAGCCGAAGUGGGCGAUCAUCGAUUCGCCAUGAGGACGAGGCACCGGGGGAGAGCCUGCUGAUCGGAGGGGACAAGAUCCCCUUUGUUGAUUCAGCGGACGAGGAGGAGGGCUCCUUUGGUGGAUCUGCCGCUGGUGGCAGUCGCGGAACGAUCGGCAACGGUGACAGUAGUGGCAAUUCCUCGGACACCGAAGACGGCGACAGCGACGACGUGAUGACCGAGAGCCAGGAGAACCUAGCGCUGGCAUACGUCAAUCGGUACAGGAUGCCGUCGCUGGCGGAACGUCGCAACCAGGACAAGCUGACCGUUACGAUCGAGCACGAGCGGAAACCGACCGCGGAUGCACGAAAGAAGUAGGUCCCACCUAA